CUCCUGAUUAAGAAAGAGGGGGUUGAGUUGAGGUUUGGUUGGGCCUCGGGAGACAAUCUCUGCCCAAGGUGAGAAGUAAGCCGAGCGGAUUUGUUUUAAUGGUAUACAGCGGCGCAGGACGGUACAAGAGUUGCGUGGGGUGAGCUUACUGAGUGAAUCUGGGUGGGUUGUUGUACAUGGGCUGGGGUCAGCUGUGCCCUGUGCCAUCAACUUGGCUCAUUCCCUGCAAGCUGCUGUUCAUACCCCCACUGCACUGCACACUAACACAUCUUCCAUUCAUCUCAGUGAUGACAUUGAAUCAUCACUAGAUGGAGCAGACCAAGAGUAUCACUCAAAAGGCUAUGCAGCAGUGCACAUCAAAGUUUCUCUCCUGCAAAAUACAAAUAAGGAAAAUUUUGUUGCAAAAGAGUCAAACAGAACGGUAAAAGGAAGUUAGUGAGUUUUGACUUUAAACAUCAUUUACUGGAUGUAGUAUGUGCUUGGAAAUAAAUAAUUUUUUCAUUAAUGCAGAUUUUAAUUGAAAAAUUAGAACAAGUGAAAUUAUAUUGAUAUUGUGGUAUUGUUAGAAGAAAGAGUUGUGACAUUAUUGAACUUUAAAGGCAUCGCAUGAAGAUGGGUUUUGCUUCACCGUGAUAGCUUUUUAAACAAAGAUACAAGGAAUCAAGAAGUAAACGUUAAAAAAAAAUAAAUGACAUGGAUUACAGUACUUGUCUGUAAACUUUUGAAUUUAUGAUAAAGUUUGCAAACAAGCAAAGAUGUUUUUCAGUCUGCAGGAGCUGACAAUGUGGCUUGGAGUAACUAUAUUAGAGGUGUUCAUCUGGCUCACAGCGCUGCUUGUAACUCUUGUAUUGGUGGUUCUUCGAGUAGAUGAUGUGACUCCCACUAUUAGUUGGUGGGUGGUGCUGUCUCCCAUGUUUAUAGCCGACGCUCUCAAUACCUACUUUUGUGUAAUUGUUCUUAUUCGGAUGUACCUAGAUGGGGUUUUAAAGCCAGCUGCUUUACGUGCUCUUUGGAGCUUUUCUGUUCUUACACUUGGAUUCACUUUCAAGUUCCUCCUGUGUAGAAAACUAAUGGAGCCCACCCAGCUAGAAUAUUCAGCUGUUAUGUCCCCCGUCUUUGUUCUCCUUCAGUUAAUAUUAAUACGAGCUUGUCAUUUCAACUGACUUUAUAUGUAAGUAAAAUUAACAGUUCUCUGGUACAAGGUGUAGAAAUGACCCAAUUAAAUUAUUUAGGUGAAAUAACGUAUCCAGUUAUGCGAUAUAAUUAAUAUUGUACAAGAUUGAUUUCAGAAGUUAGUGUAUACAGUAUAAGCAAUGGAAGUGUAUACAUUUUCAUAAUAAAGUCUCAAUUUCUUUUGCAGUUCUUCCAAAAUAUUCAAAUCUUUUAAAAAAAAUUUUUAUAGUACACUGGAAUAAUAAAAUUUUUACAACUAAAUUUUACACCUUUACACUUUGUCAUUUAGAUAUUUAUAUUACAGAAGCUCUUGCUUAAACUUAAUACUGUAAAAUAAUAACAACACACUCAAAAGAAGUAUUUACACCACCUAUUACAUUUUUGUCAUGUUAAAAUGUCUUUCUGGAAUAAAAUAAAGUAACUGUGA